AUGGUGAAGAUAUUCGUUGGGAACCUAAAUCCAGAAUCCAAAGCUUCUGAUCUCCGCAAAAAAUUUGAAGCCUUUGGGAAGGUUACGGAAUGUGAUGUUGUUAAUAAUUAUGGCUUCGUGCAUAUGGAGAAAGAGUCUGAGGCUGAAGCUGCUAUAGAAGGACUCCAAAAUGCCAUUCUUGAUGGGGUGAAAAUUAAUGUUGAACGCAGCCACGGAAAACGAGGUGGUGGUCCCGGGCCUACUAGACGUAGAAAUGAAGGGCGUUAUCGGGAUUAUCCGCCGGAAAGGGGACCACGUGCACCACCACGUUACAUGAAUUCCGGCCCACCUCCCCCGCGAAUGGGACGUUAUGGUCCGGCUUGGGAUGAUGGGUAUGGAGGGCCCUACGGACCACCACCACGUAACAGCUCUAGAGGUUACGAUUAUCCCCCAAACGGUGCCAAUGGAAGGUAUCCGCCAAUUGACCGUGGAGAACAACACAGACCACUCCCACGUGGUCCAGCCCGUGACCCACUGCCGCUACCACCUAAUAUCACCGGUUCCACCAAGAUCAGGGUACAGCUACGGUCGCCCCUAACUAAAAGUCGUCCCGUGAAGUCAAACGCGAAGCAACCUCGAAUCACGUAG